CGUAAUACUUGGGGCGGCUCGACCUGGAAGUAGGAAUAGACCGGUGUGUGCUAUGACGAUGAGUUUAUCUGAAUGUUACUGUACAGAGACGGGCUUGAAUGUAGCUUGCAUGAAAGCGCUGUCAAAUAUUUCAGAUAAAUAUACUCACCCACGCCUUUAUACAUUCUUGAUGCGCCGUCCACAAUGGAUACAGCAGCAAGUUUUAAGAUCGGUGACGUUUUCACCUACGAAAGUUUGAUUCACGCAGUGGCCGGUUCUUUGGGCAGUGUGACUGCAAUGACAGUGUUCUACCCGCUAGACUCUGCGAGGCUCCGAUUGCAAGUUGACGAGAAGAGGAAAGCGAAGUGGACGCCCUCUGUCCUCGCGGAAAUCAUCAGAGAGGAGGGGCUGCUGGCUCCCUACAGAGGCUGGUUCCCUGUCAUCUGCAGCCUCUGCUGCUCCAACUUCGUCUAUUUCUACACCUUCAACAGCGUCAAGGCCUGCUGGCUCAGAGGUCACCGCUCCACCCCCGGCAAGGACCUCGUCUUGGGCAUCAUCGCAGGAGUGGUGAAUGUGCUCGUGACCACGCCCCUCUGGGUGGUCAAUACCCGCCUCAAACUGCAGGGGGCGAAGUUCAGAAACAGUGACAUCAAGCCCACCCACUACAGCGGCAUUCUGGAUGCGUUCCGGCAGAUCCUGUUCUCUGAGGGGCUCCCCGCUCUCUGGAACGGGACCCUCCCCUCCCUGCUGCUGGUGCUGAACCCCGCGCUGCAGUUCAUGGUCUAUGAGGGACUGAAGAGAGAGCUGAAGAGAGGGGCCAGCGGGGAGUUCUCCUCUCUGGAGGUGUUUGUGAUCGGAGCCAUCGCUAAAGCUGUCGCCACGACUGCAACCUACCCUCUACAGACAGUGCAGUCCAUCCUGAGAUUUGGGCAGCACAGACACAGCAAGGAGAGCAGGAUCAUGGGAAGCCUGAGAAGCAUUUUCUACCUCUGGAGGGAACAAGUCAGGAAGCAUGGGAUUGUGGGAUUGUUCAAAGGGCUGGAGGCGAAGCUGCUUCAGACCGUGCUGACGGCCGCCCUCAUGUUCCUGCUCUACGAGAAGAUGACCGCCGCGACCUUCAGGAUCAUGGGAUUGAGGAGGACUGUCAGCCGCCGGUAGCCAGAGGAUUCUCGUUGCCGUGGUGCUGCUAGCAGGGCAGGAUGUCGCUUUAAAACUGCUGUCCCGGUUCACCCGUUCAGACCUGAAUUAUUUUUGUCAAGCAGAAGAAUAAAUUACUUUUAUUGAGUAUACAUGAGAAAAGGACAUUUUUAUUUAUUUAUUUAUUUAUUUAUUUAUUUAUUUAACAUAUGCAGCUCUGGCCAAAAAUUUAGCAUCACCCUAUAAAAUGAACAAAUUUUGCUUUAUAAAGUCGAAUGAAAUCUGCUGAAUAAUGUUAACGUAUUGAACCUCUUUGUAGUUUUAUCAUACACUUAACGGGAAACUGAGUUCGAAAAAUGUAACAUUUCGAAAAUCUGACUGGCUUCCAGUCGACUUUUUGCGAUAUCAUAUACUUAACGAAAAACAGACAACAUUGAAAAAAUUUAACAUUUCGAAGUCUAACAUGAAAUACUACUGUUGUGGCUUCCGGUAGACUCUUGGCGAUAUGAUUUUGUCGUUUCCUGACAUGAUGUUAAAUAAUAAAAGAUUAAAUGAU